AUCGUUUUCGGCUUUUCUCGCUGCACCCUCCCAUGUGUGGGUUAAGUAAUCGUUCCGUCGGCUCCGCUCUGGUCAGUACUUUAUUAAGCUCCUUCGGAAGUUUUCACGGGACUCCGGUGACACAGUGCGCCGUCGUCGGUGGUUUACGCCGCGGUGCGCGAGUUCAGUGUGGGUUGAUGGGAUUUUCGGCGGAAUGAUGUGCUAGAUGGUGCUCUCCCGAUCAGAACAACACUGAGGAUUAUGCUGAGAAAAUUGGCCAGCAGUUCGGCGACGCGAUGGAUCACGACGCAGCACAUCGGAUCUCUGAGGCAGGAUCCCGGAGGAGUGCACAUCCGCCGGGGGCUGAUUCUGUACCACCACCAUCAUCGACUGCAGACAGCUGUUAGCAGUGUUGGUGCAAUUAUUUGCUGGAAGGAUGAUUCACGGUGGAGUGCGAAUAGCACCGGCUGCAGGAAGUUGACAAACUCACGGUGGCCGGAGUACAGGUUGCACCAUGGUGCCUCCAAAGGCAAGAACUGGGAGCUAGUUUUAAGGGAUUACAGUAGCAACAUUAGUGAUAAGAAACCGGAGCCAAAAAGUUUGCUAAAGAGGAUAGUCCAGAGUCCGUACGGGAGGUUGAUGCGGGUGGACAGGCCAAUUGGGUCCUGGUUGCUGUUUUGGCCCUGCGGAUGGAGCAUAGCGCUGAGCGCACCGGCUGGAUGCUGGCCGGAUUUGUGGAUGCUGACCCUGUUCGGGACGGGGGCAUUCAUCAUGAGAGGAGCAGGCUGUACGAUAAACGACAUGUGGGACCGGGACAUUGACGGAAAAGUGGCCCGAACCAAGACGCGACCGUUGGUCGCCGGAGAGUUGAGUGCAGCGGAUGCGUGGUUCUUCCUAGGAGCUCAGCUGGGCGUCGGGCUGUUGAUCCUGUUGGAACUGAAUUGGUACUCGAUCCUGCUCGGGGCAAGUUCCCUGGGGUUAGUCAUCAUCUAUCCGCUGAUGAAGCGGAUAACCCACUGGCCGCAACUGGUCCUGGGAAUGACCUUCAACUGGGGUGCCCUGCUGGGUUGGAGUGCCACCCAAGGCUCGGUCGAUUGGUCUGCUUGCCUGCCGCUGUACGCGGCCGGUGUCUGCUGGACAAUCGUCUACGACACGAUCUACGCCCAUCAGGACAAGGUGGACGACGCCUUGCUGGGAAUCAAAUCGACCGCGAUCCGUUUUGGAGACAACACGAAGCUGUGGCUUAGUGGAUUCACGACGGCAAUGAUCGGCGGUCUGGUAACGUCCGGAGUGGUGUGUGAGCAGACGUGGCCCUACUAUUCGGCCGUCGGAGUGAUAUCGGCCCAUCUGGCGCAUCAGAUCUACUCCCUCAACAUCGACAACCCGACGGAUUGCGCCACAAAGUUCAUCUCCAACCACCAAGUUGGACUGAUUCUGUUCCUGGGCAUCGUCCUUGGCACCCUGUACAAAGGCUACAGUCAACAGCGGGCCGCCUCCUCGUCAUCAUCAUCAUCGUCGUCAUCUGCUACCUCGUCGUCAUCGUCAGGACUUCUUCUGGCCGCCGCCAACCAUCAUCAAUCGGCGGCGAGGCAAGCCAGCUAAAAGCUGUCUCCAUGGCAGCAGUCUGUGAGGUUUAAUUUAUAUCUGCUGCAAUUGUGCUUUAAAACUUUCAGGAAAUUCAAAUUGUGUCAUAUGAUUUGAAGCAUACAGUAGGCUACUAAAUGUUUAAUAAAUUGGGAUUCGAUUAUUUUAGUGAA